GCAGACCUUGAUGUUAAGGUUUGGUUUUGAUGUGCUUUAUUACUUUUGCUUCAGACCCUAUAGUCUCCUGUUAAUCAUUUGAAUGAUCCUGCUAAACUCAGGUACCUGUGGGGGUGAAAUCCGUUUUUUCCAUGUCAGCAUAUUUCAUAUGCAUUGAUUCCUUUUUUUAUUUAGCAAAAAGAGCACAACUGUGAUGAGUGGAGGGGAUCUACAUCCAUCCAUCUCCACCCACAGAGCAGAUGAUGUGGAAAAAGUGACACUGAGGAUGAAAAAUGGUCUUGGCAGCUCAAAGUACAAUCCAGCUGACUAUAAAAGACUGCAAGCUAUUGUUGAUGCCAAACGCCAGGAGUCUGAUGUAAUUGGACAAAAGGUCCACAAAAUUCAGUGUGCAGCCAAGGCAACCAAGGAGAGUUCAAUUUUACGGCAGCACAGACAGGUGUGGAGCAGCGAGUGCCCCAGGCUGCGAAAGGCUGAGGAGAAGGCUGAGAAUGACCUUCAUGAUUUUCUGGAGCAGAUAAGACCCUCUAGUACAACAGACACUGCCAUCUUCUCCCUAAAGGAUUAUGAGCUUUUCCUUGAGAGGGAGCGGGAGGCAUUCAGGACAGCCACAGUGGAGCCUGUUCAUCAGCUCCGGGGAGACCUGCUCUUCAGACUGGAGGAAGUACAACAUCAGCGGCUGACUGUGCAGCCAUCAAACUGGGAGCCAGUUAUACAACAGAUUGAAUUUGUGAAAGAUCAACAAAAGGACAUUACUGCAAAACUUCAUUCAGAUUAUGUAGAACUGGAGGACCAGAUUAAAUGCCUUGGAUUAGAGAAAUAUCUUACGAGUUCUUCAGACGCUCUGGUGGACAUGGAGAGUAUUCCAGAGGAAGUUCUGAAUUCAGACUGCCCUUACCCAGAGCUGAAGGACUCCCUGAUCCAGGCCUUCCUCUCCAUGUCAAAAAGAUAUCAGAGCAGAUUAAACAGCCUUCAAGAGCAGUUGGAAGGAACAGACAGGUUCUGUGGCUGGUCUCCGCAUGACCAUCUACGCUACCAGUUCACAUUGCUGCAGUACAGCCAUGGCUUACCCAACCACAGAGCGCUCUGCAUGGACAUACUGCAAAGACUCUUCCCGGAGAAAAGUAGAAGACAGCUGAUGGACCAUGAACGUGAGUGGGACUGGCAGCGCUUCACCCAGGUACAGCUGAAUGUCGUGACCCAGCAGCGGCGACGGGACCAGGAAGAGCUACUGGCCAGAGCCCUGGUCACGUUGCAAGAGGCAAAACAUGCCCACCAGGAGGAGCUGGAGCACCACAUAGACCGUCAGAACCAGCAGGAGAUCUGUUCAAAUCUCAGGGAGAAGCUGCAGCAGUGGCGGGCCCAGCAGGAGGAGGUGACGAAGCUGGAGGCAGCUAUAGCUGAUAGACAACAAGCAGAGGAAGAAGCGAGGUUAAAGAGGGAGCAGGAGAAGUCGGCCACCAUCAGGUCACAGCAGAAAGCGAAAGUCAGGCAGUUUUAUUUAAAGCAGGAGAAGAGGAGGGAGGAGCUGGGGCACAGGGAUCAGGAGAGACUCGCUAAUCUGAGGAGCGUCAUGGAGGAGCAGGCGAGGAAAGAUAAAGAGAGGGUGCAGUUCAGGGCCGACAUGCUGCAGCGGCGAGCGGAGGAGAGAGAGGCUCGGGAGCUUGAGCAUCAGAGAGAAGAAGAGGAGAAGCAGAAUCGUCUGGAAGCUCUCAGAAACCAGGUUGGGGUGGUGGCCGAGGCGGACCCAGAGAGGAUGAUGGCAGAUACUGAGGCUUGGAGGAGUCGCCUCUUGAAUGUAAAUGAGUGCGAGCUCCAGAGGCCUCUCUACAGCAUUAACACAUACACAGACAAACAGAUUGUGUCUGAUCCGAGAGUGCGGGUGGAGCAGGCGCUCCGGGAGGCCGGUCUGCACCAGAGCCCGUACGCCAAAGAGGUUCUGUCUGUCUUACAGCCCCCAAAACCACCUCGCAGAGACACUGAGUCUGUGAUCAAAUUCUGAACAAGCACUUGAACAAAGUCGCCCCAGACUAAGCAUUGUGUGGUUAUAUAUAUCACAUUUCACUGAGUUGAAUGUGUUAGUAUAUUCACUGUUCACACAGUUGAGCUGUACAAAGUUAAACUGGCAGCUACAGAAUUGACCACCACACGACACAGUGCAAUUAACAUUGUUAACUUUUAUUGUUUUUAUUUAGUUUUAUACUCUACAGCACCUGUUGAGAAGUACAGUACCACAGUCAUAAUAAACAUAUAUAUCCAACACAUUGAAAUGACUUUCCUGCACAUUUAUCAAUGUUUAUUAGAGGUUUAUUCACCUCUUAUGUCACAGUCCGUAAGUUCACAUUUGCAUAAACAAGCUUAUAUUGCACAAUCUUUACUCUGAGUAUUUAAUAACACGUUCAAAUUACAGGAAUGUCCCUUUACUCUUCUCAUAUUUUAAGUGAAAAUCACUAAGGAAUACAAGUGUUUCUCAUCUAAUGAGCAUAUAACGGGGAAAACAACUCUCUAAGAGAC